AUGAAAGCGGGGCCUAACUUAUUAUCAAUGAGCGUCACCUGCUACUCUAGCGAUUUCUGUACAUACAUAGUGCUGUGAAGCAGAAGGCUGAAGCCAGUUCGAACCAUUUUAUUAGUUCUUAUAAUCGUUUUAGUUUGUUAGGGGAACUACUGGUACUCCUCUUAUUCAAGUACAAAUCGUAGAUGUACGGGCUUCUUCAAACAAAAGAUAUCCUGUGAACCUUGUAAAUUGUAUAUUUUAUUUAUUUAUCAAAGAAAUUAGUUGCGUUGCUAAGUUCUUUAUUGUCGCCUGUUCGAAUGGUAUAGUUCGUCAAGAUUUGGAAGAUGGCGAGAAAAAAGGUCAACCCUUGCUUCUAUAUACCAGCUAUAGUUGGCGUGGGACUGCUUUUUACCGCCGCAAUACUGAACAUAAUCGUGUACUCGAGGCCCUCAUCGUACCGAGUGCUACUAAGCUGGCACGACUGGAAUGGGUUCGUCAUGUUUGCUUUGGCAAUGGUGAAAGGAUGCAUGGACUGCUGUUGUGGAUCUUCGCCCAUGGAUCCGAACGAAAAGUCAUCAUCUUGCCGCUCUUGUUUGGAUUGCCUCGGCUUUUUUUUCGUCACUUUCAUGCUGAUAAGCAGCUCUAUGAUUAUUAAUUACUACAGCAAGGGAAACACGGAUAUUCCAACCGAAAGAUUUGUUUCAGCGAUCUGCUACCUGAUAGCUGUUCCAGCCAUGAUUGUGACGGCAGUGCCUUGCGCUCUGUUGAAGUACUGUGAGGAUAACUCCGAAGACGCAGAGAGGAUGACUGAAACAACUGAGUCUUCUAAUUAUAGCGCAAUAAAUUAUUAACGCUGAGUCGCUAAAGUUACAAUGCGCUGGGAGUUUAGACCAUUUGUACAUGUAUUACAGAUAACGGUGUGCCAAGAUGUGCCGACUGAAAACGGAUUCUUCCCUUUCAUGAAGAUUUUUCCUUAGAGUACAAUAAAGAUACCAAUAAUAACCAGUGAAGUAGCAAAAAUAAUAUCGUUAAAAAUAAAUUUUACCUCUACCCUGCAUAUGAUUCAUGCUCACAGAUUCGUAGUUUUGACCUUUUGGGUUCCUUGC